GCGCUUCCCUUCCCUUUCCGCUCUGUCUCUGACGAACCGGCCCGCCGCGCCGUCCCUGGCCGCCUUCAUCAAGGCCCUCACCAGCCGCCGCCAUGUCCGGCUAAUCCGCCUGCUCUCCCUCUCACUCGUAAUCCAGGAACUAGGCAACUAGCUGCAUCGUCUUCUCCACCUACCUUGGCCGCCGCCGCCCCGCCGCUCCAUCAUCCGGGUAAGACAUGGAGGAGUACCUGGAGAGCAUGAAGUCCCUUCGCUCCUACAUGAACGAUCUGGAGGACGACGCCGCGAAGCGGUCUGUGGAGGAGCAGCAGCAGCGUACAGCCAUCGACGCCCACGACGCCGACAUCGCGCUAGUGAGGGCGCAAGCAAAGCAGGCGAGCGAGGAGGCCGAGCAGCUGGGCAUAGCGAGGGCUAAGGUAGGCAUGCAGAUGGCCGAGAAGCAGGGAAGGAUUGCCGCGCUGGAGAUCGAGUGCGCCACACUGAAGCAGACCUUGGAGCUCCUCCAUCAGGAAACUGCAAGUACUUUUGUGAAACUCAGUGAGAAAAGAUUGUUCUACACAAAGACAACAGAAACCUUGACUGUCAAACUACAGGAGCAACAGGAAUGGCUUAGUAUGAAGAAUAAGAUUACCGGAAAGGAGCGACAUGUUGCCAAAUCUCAGAGCAAGCAAAACAUUAUUGAAGGGGAGAAACAUGUCAUGUUUAACUCAGAAGGGAGCCUGGAUAAGUUUUUUUCAAUCAAACAGGAAAGUGAUCCUCCGAACAAGCACGGGAAACUCUACACUCAACUGGUGUCAGCUCAGCUCAAGAUACAAGACAUCAAAUCACAAAGAUCAGCGCUUCUUUUAGAAAUCAGCAAGAUCAAGCAGAUUCUAGAGCAAGAGAAAAACAUAAUUGCUGGCUUUCCUGCUGCACUAAAGCAGAUGGGUAUGAAGUCCUUGGAGGAGGAAUACAAAGCUCUGCAAGGUGAUAAAUCUGGGGAAGUUGAGUACUUCCAGUCUCUUGAUGAAACAAUUAAUGUGAUGAAGGGGGUUUCGGAUCCUGUCAAAUGCCGAUGCGGACUGGAGUAUGACGUAAAACUUGUUGGCGAAGCCAUGGAUAUAAGCUAAGCUCGUGUAGAACGACCAUAGUAUCGUAUAGAUGCACAUCUCCAUCAAAUUUCGUUCAUAUUGGAUCUGUAUAUUGUGAAAGAUGGAUUAUGCUUUGGAACUUACAGAAUCUUCUCGCAUGUAUACACUGCUUUGGGCACAGCUUGACAGCGUCAUCAUGAAGAAUAUAGAAUUCUGAUGUUAGAACUAUGUGGAGCUUGAAUGGACUAUACGCCAUAGUUUUGUUCAAUAAUUGUUUUUCCUUUCCCUC